ACGACCCCUAGCAACGCACCGGGUCCAUGGAGACUGUCUGUCUGUCUCUGUGUGUGUGUGAAGGAAUGCAAAGCGACACGGGUCAACACACAGAGAGACAACACACCGAGGAGUAAUAAAACCUGACAUUUAUGACUUUUAUGGACUUCUUUCACAUCUGAGGUGAAUAUGGGAUGCAGCAGCUCCACCAACACCGCGGUGCAGCCGAUGAGACCGGAAGACGAGGAUGAGACAGGAAGUAAAGUCGAUGGUCGUGGAGACUCGGCCGUGUCAAAGGGCACCACAGACAGCGGGGUGGUGAUGGAGAACCGAGACAUCCCUGUGUUACCUGGAGCGGUGCCCAGAAAACUCCCUCCUCUAACAUCUGACUGGGUCAGAGAAAGGGACGCAGACAGAAUUACACGAGACGGACUGCUGCAGCAGGAGAGCACGCUGCAGGAGCGCCCAAAGGCCAGUGAGAUCCUGGAGGAGCUGCUGAACCAAGGCAUCAUACCAGUGGGACAGACCAGAGAGGGCGGCAGCGGAGCUGGAGAGGCCUACAGCAUCAUGCUGGAUGACGGCGAUGGGGUCAGACGAAGGCCGCCCGCCAGACUGGAGUCCCUGAAGGCCAAGAAGGAGCAAAAUCUCCCCAGCAAAGAAGACAUUGAGGAGAAGAUAAGACUUGCUGAGGAGAGACGCAAGAUAAAGGAAGACGAGCUCAAGACGCGUUUGAGGGCCAAGUCGGCCCGUGUUCGGGGCCCCGCUCCCACCUCCAGCACCGAGGAUGACGAGGACGCAGCACUCACCCCUGUGGAGCAGCUACAGUCACCCGUCGCCCCGGAUCCCCUCGAUCCACUGCCUCGCAGCCAGAUAACACGCGAGGCGGCCGAGGGCGGAGAGCGGGUGCGAGAGGCCGGAGGUGACGGCAGAGAAGACAUGGGCGGAGCAGACAAGAGAGAAGGGAGGAGAGAGAAGGGAGGAGGGAGGGGAGAUAACAGAGGGGAAGGUGCAGAGAGACUAAGUAAGGAUGGUGAUGGGAAAGAGGAGGAGGAGGAGGAAGAGUUGACCCAGGUGGAGGAGCUCAAGGAGGAUCAGCUCCUCACAGCCUCGGGGGAGCUGGAGAGCGAUUCUAGCUUUCAACAUGCAGAGGACAAAGAGGAGAUAUUUUAACAAAAAGAACUAAGAGAGAUAAGACAGGGAGGAGAGGGAGCCAAAUAUGAUCUGUUUUUCACAGAUGAAAGGUGGAAAUUUGUAAAAACAAAGAGUAUAUAUUGUAUUAGAAGAAAUUAAGAGA